GUCGCUUCUCUGGAAUCAUCAGAAAGCGUUUGCCACCAGCAAAGUCAGUAAAUUCCGUAACUAAAUCUUUAAAAAACAAAUUCUAAAAACAAAUAUGGGUUGCAAGGGUUGUGGAACAAACUGCCAGUGCUCGGCCACCAAGUGCGGAGACAAUUGCGCCUGCAGCCAGCAGUGCCAAUGCGCCUGCAAGAACGGACCCAAGGACAAGUGCUGUUCCACCAAGAACUAACAACACUCUAAACACUCUCUGACUCCUCUGGCAUACAGUGAUUCGUUGGCAUUUAAUAAUGUGUAAAUUAACAUAUAAAUUUGUUUAAUAAACUUAAUGGAUU